CGCUCGCACGACCGAAUGCCUCCGGGGUGGCAGCCUCGGAUGAAUGAAAACGAACACUAAGUGCGGAAGAUUGCUCCAAAGGAGGAUUGGACCUUUUACGCAGCGUGCGUAAAAGGCGCACCGGCCAGCCUGCUCUCUUUCGUCGGGUUGAAGUGUCGAAAUCGAGGUGAGAAGAAUGCUGAAAAUGACCGAGGAGCACGACAAGUGCGUGGGCGACCAACCGUGCAGCCCCGCGGGCACCAGCAGCUCCAUGUCCCAAGAUGAGUCCGACUCGGACGCGCCGUCGUCGCCCACCGGCUCCGACGGCCACGCCGCAUCGCUGCUCGCCGGCUUGGGCAAAAAGUUGGACUCGGAGGACGACGAGCGCUUCCCGGCUUGCAUCCGGGACGCCGUGUCGCAGGUGCUGAAGGGCUACGACUGGUCCCUGGUGCCCAUGCCGGUGCGAGGCAACGGCUCGCUGAAGAGCAAGCCGCACGUCAAGAGGCCCAUGAACGCCUUCAUGGUUUGGGCACAGGCGGCCCGCAGGAAGCUGGCCGACCAGUACCCGCACCUGCACAACGCCGAACUGAGCAAGACUCUGGGGAAACUCUGGCGUUUGCUUUCCGAGAGCGAAAAGAGGCCGUUUGUGGACGAGGCAGAGCGCCUGAGGGUUCAGCACAAGAAGGACCACCCGGACUACAAAUACCAGCCCAGGCGGAGGAAGAACAUCAAGCCCGGCCAGAGCGACUCGGACUCCGGUGCCGAGCUGGCGCAACAUCAACAACAACAACAACAACAGCAGCAGCAGCAGCAACAACAACAUCAUCAUCAUCAUCAUCACCACAUGUACAAAGCGGAACCGGGGAUGGCGGGACUCGGCGGGCUGGGCGACGGACACCACCAUCCUGAACACGCAGGACAGCCCCACGGUCCACCGACACCGCCCACCACCCCGAAAACGGACGCGCACCACGGCGCCAAGCAGGACCUGAAGCACGAAGGCCACCGUCUGGCCGACAGCGGCAGGCAGAACAUCGACUUCAGCAACGUGGACAUCUCCGAGCUGAGCACGGACGUCAUCAGCAACAUGGAGGCCUUCGACGUGCACGAGUUCGACCAGUACCUCCCCUUGAACGGCCACAUCGCCACUUCCUCCUCCGCCUCCGUCGCCGCCGUCUCCUCGGAGCAGGCCUCUUACGGCGCCCCCUACGGCGGCUCUGCGUGGAAUCGCAAGAGCGCCGUGACCUCGUCGUCCCCCGAGGCGGCCCAGCAGCGCCUCCACAUCAAAACGGAGCAGCUGAGCCCGAGCCACUACAGCGAGCGCUCCCCCUCGCACCCCGACUACGGCACCUACAACAGCCAGGCCUGCGUCACCCCCUCAGCGGCGCCUUUCCCCGCCUCGCAGUGUGACUAUACCGACCUGCAGAGCUCCAACUACUACAACCCUUACUCGGGCUACCCCUCCAGCCUCUACCAGUACCCUUACUUCCACUCGCCCAGGCGGCCCUACGGCAGCCCCAUCCUCAACAGCCUGUCCGUGGCGCCUGCUCACAGCCCCGCCGCCUCCAGCUGGGACCAGCCCGUCUACACCACGCUGACCCGACCUUGAUGGGCGGGAGAGAUGCGUUCCGGUCAAGCACUACUAACGAAGGAAGCGAGGAGCACAACAAGCAAAAGAUUUAAAAAAAAAAAAAAAAAAAGUGCCUGCUGAUUUUCUACAAAAUACUCUAUAUCUUUGCAACACUUUUUACACCAAGAGAACUAUUGGUGGUGCCUCCGUGAGGACGUAUUAUCUCCCGAAACCCUGUACAUUGACCCCGUUAUUUUUUUUUUUUAUGUUUUUUUUAGAGCAUGCACUUAUAGGUGAAACACUAGCCUCUUUCACACAGAGAUCCUGCAAAACAGCUGCAUCAGAGAGGUAAUAGAAAAUCCAGCGUUAAGGGUCCUGUAAAGUGAAACUAAAUUUCUUAGAAAGUGUUCUUAACAACCUUGGAUAAGUGAAAAAAAAGAAAUCGUGAAGAAUCAAGCCGUUGUCGCCGCGGUGGGCGUGUCUGCUCAAUGCGUGAAACCAUGGCCCACUGAAAAAUGGAUGCUACUUCAUCUAGCAAUUUAUGCAUUCAUAAGCCAUGAAUCUAUAUCAGCUAAAAGCCUCCAGUGGCUACAAUACUUCCCACAGUGGAAAGCCCUGCUACGUGAAGCGUUGGCCACUGGCUAGCUUGAGAGCUAACAGGCUUCCGGGGCUCCCUGCGGCCGGCGGACUCAUCCACGACACCUCGUCAUUUGGGCAUUUUAAAUAACGACACACAAGCUGUUCCAAUAAUUCUGGUAUCCAGGGAAGAUUAAUCUUCAGGGUGUAGAUAAUGGUCACUGCAAAAACUCAAAAUCUUACCAAGAAUAUUUGUCUUAUUUCUCGUCAAAAGUCUCAAAACUUUUAGGUGAUGAGUCUUAUUUGAAGGGUAAUCAGAUUCGUUUUGAGACUUUUGAGUAGAAAUAAGACAAAUAUUCUUGGUAAGAUUUUGAGUUUUUGCAUUGUAGGCUUCUACAGUGGGUUAGGGAGGGGCUCAUGUGGGACGCCCAAGUGCAUUACUGGGCUAUGUUUUAGCCACACCCCAAAAAUCUGAAAAAUCGGUUAGCUUCAAAAUUCAGCACUACAUAAUUCUGUUUUCUCACAUUAUCAGCAAUAAUCUUCAUACAUGUCAAAUAUAUUUAGAAAAAAAAACAUUCUGAAUUCAUUUUACAGGGUCUUUAAGUCAUCUUUUUUUCACGCAGAACCCAGUGAAGGUGGGAUUUUGCCACUUUCACACAGUCACACAGCAUGCCUCUGUCCUGACCUUACGGUACUCCCUUAAACAAGCCGCUUUCACACAGAGAGCCUGCAAAAUUGUUCCUUAUGAGCCAUUCAAGUAAAUUCCACAUUAAUCUGCCAUUUCCUUUUGCACAGAAUUCAGCAAAGAUAGAAUAUCGCUGCAACAUUCACACAGCGAGCGAGCGUAUUGGUGUUUGGGAAGUAGUUUGUCAGACAGCAUAUUUUACUUUUAACACAACAGAGCAGGAGAAGGAAGUGUCAGGUGUGAAAUGUGACCUCUGUUUCAGAAUUCUCCAACUUAUUUCACGCAUUGGUCCUGCAAAAGAGCCAAAACGGGUGGCCUCUUUCACGCACAAGUCAGAGCCGUAAAAGUUAACGUAGCAUUUCACACAGACUGAAGCAAAGUGGUAAAUUACUGCAAAUGUGUGCACGUUCACACAGCGACACACUGUCCCGAAAUCAGUAAAUAGGAUGACUCUAAAUUGAAAUAUUUUGCCGGACACUGAUCGUUGCUUUUAACACAACAGGGCAGGAGACGUGAGUGUCGCGUGUGAAACUUUUUAUUGCCUUUUAAGCUUCUUCUUGGACAGAAAUCCCAUCAGAGAUGCUACUCCAAGUGAUUAUCAACCUUUGCUGUUCACACAAUCAGAUAAUUAGAUGAUGAUGAUGAUGAUGACCAGGAGGAUUCAUUGAUUAUCAAAAUAGUUGUUCCAUCCAAAUAAGACAUUUGAAGACAUCUGCUUCUACUUUCAAAGACAAAGAUCAACAUUUUUGAUGAUUUUCUGACAUGGUACAAUCCAAACCAGUGAUUGAAUCAUAAUUUAUUUUAAUGCCCUGUUUUGUUUUUUUCAAUAAAAGGAUCAAAAUAUAUUUUUUAUCCGAUUAAUUGAAGAAAAAUAAUCAACAGGUUAACCGAUUAUUAAAGGAAUCGUUAGUUGCAGCCCUGGAAAACGCGGAUACAUUCAGGCUUGAAAGAUGCUGUGUGAAAAGGGAUACUGACUAAUUUCUGGGACGUGAGAGGUGUACACAUUAAGAAAGAAAUGUUUUUAGUUUCCCUGCAUCAAAGUCUUAACAAAAGCGACUGGUAUGAAUCUUACAGUGUAAAAGUCUUAUAUAUAUAUAUAUAUAUAUAUAUAUAUAUAUAUAUAUAUUUAUGUUCUUACAUUAUUGCUUUCUCUCAUACACAGAUGAAAUGUUUUUUUUUAUUAUUAUUACAAUUUUUGCUUUGAUUAAAACACCUAAAGGAAAGACAUCAUUCCGAUUAAGACAGAAUUCCAGGAGGGGGGGGGAACAAAAAAAAAAACAUUCCUUGCGACAGAACAGGUGUCGGCGAGCUAUGUCCGGCAAAUUGCGAUUAGUCAUGACGGAGGGCUGAAGGAAAUGGGAUAAAAUAACACGGCCUGCUCUGAGUGACGCGUCAGCUGGACGACACAUGGGUGUGUGUAUGUGUGUGCGUGCAUGUUCGAUAUGUAAAUGUUU